AUGGUCAAACGUGUUUCCGUUCUCGGUUGCGGUUCUUGGGGUACUGCUAUAGUCAAAGUUGUUGCUGACAAUGUUGCAUCGUCAGGCGAGUUCUAUUCUGAGGUUUAUUGGUAUGUACGAGAUGAAGAACAUGACGAUCAAAGUUUAACCACCUGGAUUAAUAAAGAUCACACGAAUCCAAACUACUUAUCAAAAUUAAAAUUGCCUACAAAUAUUAUCGCAUCUUCUGACAUCAGAAAAGUUGUUGAAAGUGCUGAUAUUAUCAUGGUCGUCUAUCCUCCGUUUUACAUCAUAUGGUUGGUAAACCAUGUCAAAGAAUUUGUCAGGGAGAAGGCUUAUUUUGUUUCAUUUUGUAAAGGUCUAAUUUUAUGUCCUGGAGAAAAUAGAAUCAGGUUAGUAAGCGAUCUUAUACGAGAGCAAACUGGUAAACGUUGUUUGGUUGUUAUUGGAGCAACAACAGCUCUUGAAGUGGUUGGAGAACAGUUCACCGAACUAACUAUUGGUUCUAAGAGUCUUGAAUGCGGACAUGAAGUUAAAAGACUUCUUCAGACAGAUUAUAUGAAAUUAGUCAUAACUCAAGACGAUGUUGGUGUUGAAUUAUGCGGUUCAUUGAAAAAUGUCGUAGCGAUAGCAGCAGGGAUAUGUGAUGGUCUAAAGUUAGGUGAUAAUACGAAAGCAGCUGUAAUAAGAAUUGGUUUCUGGGAAGUGUCUGAAUUACUGCAUGAACUAUUUCCUGAUAGAGGUACAAAUUAUCUAACAACAGAGCAAAGUUGCGGAAUAGCUGAAUUAUUCAUGUGCAUGUCUCAUAAAAUCGAUGACAUUUCCGAUAUAGGAGAUCUAGAUCUGUUGAAUAUUAGUAUUGGAAGACGAUUAUCUAACAAUGAUACCAAUAGACCAUCAAUUCGUUCCAUAACUGAUAAAAUACCAUACAGAACUUUUGUAGACGGAGCUGAAUACGCAAAACAGAUAUACAGUAUCUUAGCUGACAGACGUCGUACUGGACAUUUUCCAUUAUUUGUCGCUGUUCAUCGUAUUUGUCAGAAUGAAAUAAAACCACAAGAAUUAAUUACAUGUUUACAGUCACAUCCUAUUCAUGCUUAA